GCAGGCGACGUGUAGUUGCAUUUCUUCCUACAUGCUUAGGGCGUCCUUGGGAUUCUGUGUACUUCAGCAUGACUAAUUAACAUUAGUUUAAUAUAUUUACAGAAGUUGUGAGGUGAUGAAUCGCGCCUGAUAGAGUGAGGAGAGACCGAGAUGAGCGCUCCUAACGCCAGUCAGCGCAAAGCCUGCUGGGACGCGAGAGAUGAGCUCUGGAAGUGUCUGGAUGUCAACAAAGAUCUCAAUUCAGCCUGCGAGAAACACCAGCGAGAGUUUGAAGCCAACUGUCCUGCCCAGUGGGUGAAAUAUUUCUCCAAACGGAGGGACUUCCUGAAGUACAAGGAGAAAAUUGAAAAGGAGGGCUAUGAACCAACCGAAGGAGCAUCAAAAUUAUAACCAGCGAUGAUGAGCUUUGGAGAAAACAAAACACUGGACUCUUGACUACACAUUGUUUUUCUAAUUUAUGACCAUUUAUCUCAAUCAACCUGUGUUAUAUGACAGUGCGAAAGGCAAAAUAAAGAAAUGAACCAAAAA